CUGGGAAGGAAAUCGUUGACACCGGGCAAGAAGCAUUUUAUAUCCAAUAUUGUGUGGAUUUUUUCAUUAUUUCGUUUACUAUAUUUCGCUCAAGACAUGGAUACGGCGUAUACGUCAAGUGUGCGAUGAAAGUAAUCUUCCUCUUGAGCUUUUGUUUGUUGGAAUUUAUUGAUUGCUUCAAUCUUUAAUUAUGGUUUUGACCCCGCGACAAAAGGAGGAAUUGCAUAAAGCAAUUGCAGAUUAUCUUCAAUCCUCGGGAUUUUCCUCUACAUUAGAAGCUUUCAAAAAUGAUGCAGACUUGCCUGAAGAAAUUGACAAGAAAUACUCCGGACUUCUUGAAAAGAAAUGGAUAUCUGUUAUACGUCUUCAAAAAAAGGUUAUGGAACUGGAAGCAAAGCUAGCUGAAGCUGAAAAAGAAGUUCAUUUUGGAGGUGGUAAUAAAAAAAGUCGAUCUGCUGCUGAUUGGAUACCUAAACCACCGGAGAGAUAUACAUUAACGGGCCACAGGAGUCCUGUUACUAAAGUUUUAUUUCAUCCGGCAUUUAGUGUAAUGGUGUCUUCAUCUGAAGAUGCUACAAUAAAAAUAUGGGAUUAUGAAACAGGUGACUUUGAAAGAACACUCAAAGGACAUACUGAUGCCGUUCAAGACUUAGCGUUCGAUCAUACAGGAAAAAUUCUCGCUUCUUGUUCGGCUGACUUGACAAUUAGGUUAUGGGACUUUCAAGGUUUUGAAUGUAUCAAAACACUACAUGGUCAUGAUCACAACGUUUCGUCCGUCUGUUUUUUGCCGUCUGGUGAUUUUCUUGUAUCUUCAUCGAGAGAUAAAACUGUUAAAAUAUGGGAAGUAACAACUGGAUAUUGUGUUAAAACGUUACAAGGUCAUCGAGAAUGGGUGAGAAGAGUCAGAGUAAAUGGCGAUGGAUCUUUGUUAGCAAGUUGCUCAAAUGAUCAGACAGUUCGCAUAUGGCUUUUUGCCAGUAAAGAAUGUAAAUGUGAAUUACGUGAACAUGAUCACGUGGUUGAAGACCUCGCUUGGGCACCGGACUCUGCUAAUGUACACGUAAACGAAGCUACAGUUGCAGACGGUGGCAAAAAGACGUCAAGUCCAGGCCCAUUUUUGGUCACUGCAUCAAGAGAUAAAACUAUAAAACUUUGGGAUACAAGCAUUGCAGUUUGCAUUCUAACAUUGAGUGGACAUGAUAACUGGGUUCGUGGAGUUUUAUUUCAUCCUGGUGGUAAAUAUAUAGUUAGCUGUUCUGAUGAUAAAACAUUGAGAAUGUGGGACUUUAAAAACAGACGAUGUGCGAAAACUCUUGUGGCACACGAGCAUUUUGCAACUUGUCUAGACUUUCACAAAAGUGCACCAUUCGUUGUCACUGGAAGUGUGGAUCAAUCGAUACGCAUUUGGGAAUGCCGUUAGUGCAUGGUCACCGAACUCAUCCUGAUAUGUUGUGAGAUGGCUAGCUUUACGUAGAAAGUGAUGGCAGGAACGCAACGUGAGCACUGUGAAAUUAUACAAAGCAAGGAAGUGACAAUGUGCGCUAUAUUUUCCUGUUUCCUUGUGCAAAAAGAUUAAAUUAUCUAACAAUUCGUAUAAAAAUAUGUUAAGUCUCUAGAUAAUGUCAGGAUGCUGUCUUGAAUAGCGUCUUUGACAAAGUUUUUUGAGAGUAUAUGGCGACCUUUUGAAGGGAUUUUAUCGGAUUCGAGUUUAGCCCUGCCGUUAAAUCAUCUGGUAUUAUAAGGAGUUUCCUGAAAAAUUUACUUUUAGUCGUUUUUCAAGAAUGGUUAUUCAUUUUGAAAAUUUUCAAAGAUAGCUGUGUAGAAAUCUGAUUGACUGCAACGCGUGUUGAAAAUUAGCUACUCAAUCUCAAUUAAAGAUGUGCUUCUUUUA